UGACGAAGGACCUCUGCAGGAGACAAUCCCGGAGUCCACCACAGGUAAACUCACAUUCUUACAUCUUUGUACGAUAAUCGGGAUAGCAUAAUUACAACGAGGUUACCAUCCACGCAGAGUACUGAUACUGAAGAAGGGUAUGUGUUGUGAGUCCCAAUUAAGAAGUUUUAAGUUGAGUUUAUAAGCGUCAUCAACUAUCUACACUUGAGCCUGGUCCUGCUGCAUUUUCAUGAGCACCUCAUCCUCCUAUCAUAACGGUGCGCUUCGUGACCAUCUAUUGUUACGAGGUGGCCAUGCUGAGCAUGUUUUUGACGUCACCGGUCUACUGUUCACUCCUGCCACCUGCUCGUCCCGGGCUGCCUUACACGUGUAUUUUUGUUGGUUUUCUUGCACCGUGAACUUUCUUGUAACUUUAUAGUGGUUAGCGAGACACAUGAAGAUGUUAUCAACUGGAAGAUGGUGCAGAGAGGACGGAAGGUGGCCUGUAGGCGACGAGAGAAACUCAACAAAAAGGGUGAGGAGGAAGGGGCGAUUACUGCAGGUGACGUGGCAACAGACGCCACCACCACCACCACCACCACCACCACCAUAUUCAGCGCUGACUAUCAGGGAGGACCUCUGCGAAGGCUCCGAUUAGCAGUGUUCUGUGACCCCGCCCUGCUCCACCACCUGGCCGACCUCUACCCGGCCCACCCCCGCCAGGCACUCCACCGCUACGUCACGACCCUUGUUUACGCGCUAGAGGACGUGAUGAGACAAGGCGUCCCCUUAGUAGUGGAGUUGGUGCAGAUGGUGGUGUGGGAGGACGAGGUGACGGUGCCUUUUCUUACCAGCGGUCUGACAGGCGGUACUUUGACAGCCUUUUGUAAGUGGGUGAGUGCCGUGCGGCCCCCCGCGAAAGACCCGUUGUACUGGCACCACGCCCUCCUCCUUACUGGAAAGGACCUGUUUGAGUCCAGCCCUUCCUCCCUCGGGGCGAGCUUCAUUGAGGGCAUGUGUCACCCGCGCGGCUCCUGUUCCGUGAUCGAGGCAGGAACCUUCAAGGCCGUACACGUGGCGGCCCAUGAACUUGCUCACGCUAUGGGUGUCCCUCAUGAUGGUGAUGCCGCGGCCGCCGCCUGCCUGGAAGAAGGCUUCAUCAUGUCGCAGAGCCUCACGCACGCCCUGUCUUGGUCGUCGUGUUCCAAGGAUGCCUUUGCUGCAUUUCUAGAGCAGGACAAGUGCCUGGAAAAGGUGGACGGGCGGGAGCAAAGACUGACGCCGCAGGAGCUGGACCACACCACCGGAGGUUCCCCAGGGAAGCGAUUCACAGCAGACGACCAGUGUGCCAUCGCCUUCGGCUCAGAUUUCCGGGCCGUAGCGUCCACGACGAGCGUGUGUGAAAACCUGAGUUGCACUAACGGUAUGGUGACAAAGGGAGCGCACCCGGCACUAGCAGGCACCUCUUGCGGGAAGAAUAUGGAGUGUGUGGCUGGAACCUGCUCGCAGUCACCAAAUCCAGGCACGCCCAACACUCCGCCCCCCUCACAACCACAGCCUCCCUCACAGCCACAACCACAGCCACCCUCACAGCCACAACCACAGCCUCCCUCACAGCCACAACCACAGCCACCCUCACAGCCACAACCACAGCCUCCCCCACAGCCACAACCACAGCCUCCCUCACAGCCACAACCACCAGCCCAGCCAAUACCACCAUCCCGGCCAAAGCCACCAUUCCAGCCACAACCACAACCACCAUUCCAGCCACAACCACAACCACCAUUCCAACCACAACCCCAACCCCCAUUCCAGCCACAACCACCUUUCCAGCCGCAGCCACAACCGCCCUUCCAGCCACGACCACCUUUCCAGCCACAACCACAACCACCUUUCCAACCAAAACCACAGCCUCCCUUCCAGCCACGACCACCUUUCCAACCACAACCACCCUUCCAACCACAACCACCAUUCCAACCGCAGCCACAACCGCCGUUCCAACCACAGCCACCCUUUGGACCUUCUGAGCCUGAAAACAAGUCUGUGUUCCCCCCGGCGACCAUUCCCAAUGAGGUCAGUGGAAUACCAACCCCCUUCCGCUGCUUGCUCCUCCCGGCCUUCCUUCACAAAUACAUUGGCUGCGGUUCCUUUAUCUCCACCGGCUCUGUAUUCGUUUCUUCGUCCGCCAACGGUCCUUAUGCGUUCCAGUUGUCCCCGUUAGCCAGACAUAGGGCUUUGGAAGCUAUCUCGCCCUCGGAAGUAGACUCAGUGUCCGUCAUUGAUUAUAAUUAUAAAAGAAAUAAGGACGUGCUAGUUAACUCCAUAGACGUGCCCUCAAAGGAAACGUCACCACUAACUCUCCACAGCCUUAAUAUGAGUGCCGUUAACUCGUCUUUCUCCCAUUCUGACAAUCCUCUUCUUUAUUCUUCUCCUUCCAUGAUCUCCCAAACCCGCGUAACUUCUGCCACUUCGUCUAACUUCACAGAAAAGAAAGGGAGAGCAUACGAGUCAAUAGGACGGGAGUGGCGAACCGAGGAAAGUCACAUCGAAGCAACAAAAAGUGGACCAGAACUCUUGUUGUCUGUCAUUAAUCAUGGAUUGGAAAGGAAGAAUGUUCUCAACCGAAAGCAAGAAGUGGUUGAUGAAAAAGAGGAAAAACGCAAACAAGAACUUUUCAUUCAUAAAGCGAACGGUGUCAUUAAUCCUGAGGCAGCAGAACAAAUAUUCGCACCAAAUAAUAGCCAGGACAUCGCAGAGAAAGGUUCCAUGGAGCAUAACCAGAGCGUCAUCCUCCCACCACCCCCUGAGAAUGAUACGCACUUUGUUGGCGGGAGGGAGGAUGCAGGCAGGGUUACUGACAAGAGAAGGGAGAUGAAAAGCGAAGACGGAAGUGACGGUGACUGUGUGAAUACGACAAACAACGACAGUCAUGGCGGUGGUGAAAACAAUAACAGCAUGACUGGCGGUGACCUGGGAGGCGAAGAAGCACAGAGAGACAUCGACGUGGAUGACAGAGUUGUAAUAUGGGAACUCCCGAAGCUCAAUGUGACGGGCUUCGGUCUGUACGUCCCCAUGCCCCCAGAGUUCUUCCGUCAGUUGCUAGUUCCUGUAUUCCCCGCGAGUCGCCUGUCCGCCCAUCCCAUCCCUCCAUUAGACAGUUCAUUGGUGCUGCUUCGAGACGGCUCUGCACAUCCACCUGUCCUCGCCCUCACCGCGCCCUCCCACGCUCACCGCAGCGUCGCCUCUCCCUGCAGCAGGUCAUGUGGCGGUGGCAUUCGUACCAUCUCCCAGGUUUGCGUGGAAGUGGAAACCCCGGAGAAGCAAGUCCCGGAGGAGAAGUGUCUGGGUCUGCCAAACUACCACGCUCCCUUCAACCAGAUCUGCAACACUUUCCCCUGCCGCGAGCCCAGGUGGGUGGCGGGGUCCUGGAAUUCUUGCUCGGCCUGGUGUGGCACGGGGCUACAGUACCGCCUCGUGGGAUGCAUAGAGCCACUGCUGCAGGAUGCCGCUCCUUCCCUCGCUUGGGCCCUCUUCGUGAAGCCCGCAGGGUGUCACGGCGAGCAACCCCUCGGAGUGCGGGUGUGUGAGGGCCUCUGCCAGCCUGUGGACUGCAGCCUCCCUGCCAACACUCUGCACCUGGCCUGCACCAGGCACCAGCAGGACCCACCUCUGGAGCAGGACCAUCUUAGUGACUAUGCAGUUCACUUAACCUUUGAAAGCUCAGAUCCGACACGAGGAGCCCAAGCACUCAGCUCCGGGUUUGGGGCGCUGAUUCUGCCCUUGGUUCAGGCGCCGGAGAGUGGCAUCUCCAUAUUGUAUCCCUGAGCCAAUCCGCUCUGGAUCCAGUUCCCCUACAAUAAACAGUAUAUUUAGUCUUUAUAAAACAACAAUGAUCUAAUAUAGUAA